UCGACUGGCCCUUUCGCGGGCACACUCCAAGCUUUCAAGGCAGGCACUACCUUUAGAACAAGGUAUAAAGCUCUUCUCGAUCGUGCUCUCGACCAGCGGCAGACAUCAUUCUGGGCUAGCGACUCGCCCAGAUGCAUCGACACAGCUCGUUACUUUGCCGCAGGUUUCUUCGGCCUGGAGUGGAACGACACAGCGUCGUUGCACAUCAUCCCAGAGAGUGUGGAUCAAGGGGCAAACACACUGACUCCAGGUCGAGCUUGUCCAAACUGGAUCAAGAACCGCAAUGAACGAGGUCGUGAAUUCGGAAAUAGACAGUUGAAAGCAUUCCGGUCCAGCUAUCUGCUAAAGAUCAGAGGUCGAUUCGCGGCGGACAGCCCAGGUUUCUUGUUUGAUGAAUCGGAAAUCUACUCCAUGCAGGAGUAUUGUGCUUUCGAAACGUUGGUCAAAGGCGACUCAAAGUGGUGCGAUGUCUUUGCUCGUGAUGAGUGGGAGAGCUUCGAAUACGCUCGCGAUCUACUCCACUACUACCGUGCCGGUCCUGGAAAUCCGUUUGCUGCACCUGGAGGCAUGCUCUGGCUCAAGGCGACCGCCGAGCUCAUGCUACGAGGUUCAGAGGCUGGAAAUCUAUUCUUCUCUUUCAAUCAUGACGGCGAUAUUCUCAAUCUCCUAAGCGCGUUACAACUCUUUGAAGAGCCAGAAGACCUUCCAAUCGAUCGUGUAAAGCAUGAUCGUACUUGGCGCUUGUCAGAUGUGACGCCUAUGGGAGCCCGCGUCGUCCUCGAGCGCUAUGUCUGCCCAUCAUCGCCGCCCCAAUGCUGGACCAACGAGCUUUACCCCAAUCAUGAACAUUGCGAAGAGCAGAUGUACGAGCCUUACGUCCGACUCAGCAUCAAUGAUGGAAUAGUACCGAUACCACGAUGUCAAGACGGCUCACCCGGUGGUGGCUGUCUGCUGUCGAAUUUACUGUCGCUGGUGAAUUUACGAGAUCAGGAGACCCCGGACUGGGCAACGCUGUGCGACGCUGAGGAGGGAUUGCCGAAGCGAGUCGAAUUCCUGCAC